AUGACGAGGAAGAAAGUGAAACUUGUAUGGAUAGGAAACGACAGCGCAAGAAAAGCCAGUUUCAAGAAAAGAAGAACAGGGUUGUUAAAGAAAGUGAGUGAGCUAACCACCCUAUGCGGCGUGAGCGCUUUCGUGGUCGUUUAUGGGCCCGACGACACCGAACCGGCGGUCUGGCCGUCCCGGCAAGUGGUGGCUCAACUUCUGGCAAGAUUCCAGAGCGUACCGGAGAUUGAACGGUGCAAGAAGAUGAUGAAUCAAGAGAGCUAUCUCCGGGAAAGAGCCGGAAAAAUGCAAGAACAGCUCAGGAAACACAGCAGGAAGAACAAGGAGAUGGAGAUGGCUCGUAUCAUGCACCAAAUCCACAAAGGUAAGCAGCUGAUUGAAUUCGAAACCAUCGAACUGACCGGUUUGGUUUGGAUGUUGGAAGAGAGGAUGAAGGAGAUCAGGAAACGCGUGGAGUAUUUCCAGCAGGGCCCACUUUCUGUACCUGGUUCUUUUCUUUCUUCUGAUCAUCAGAAUCAGAAUCAGAAUCAUCAGGAUGCUGGUGGAGAUGCAGAUUCGGAGAACAUCAUGGUGGGAUCACAACAAAUGAACGGUGGAGAUUAUAACUCUUCUGCUGCUGCAGCAGAUCAAGGAAUAAGGACAGCUACUGAGUCACUCUGGUGGGAGAACAGCAAUGGCGGAGGCGGAGUUCAUAUAUCUGUAGCACCUCAAGGCUAUCCUCCUAAUGAUGUGGGACAUGGAGUUCAUGAUCAAAUGGGAUCGAAUAUUAGUCCCUGUGGGAAUUAUAGGGUAGUUUCUGCUGGUAAUUAUAAUUACAAUAAUGGGAAUGACCAAAUGGGUUUGCCUUAUGGAUAUUUUGGGGAAGGAAGCAAUUUUAACAAUAUGAAUGCUGGAUAUGAUAACAAUAAUACCAAUGUUAUAGGUCUAACCCAGAUGAUGAAUUUUGGAGGGAUUAGUGGAGGAAAUGAUCACCAAGUAGGGAAUAUUGUAUUGGCCAACUAUGGGACUAAUAUUAACAAUGGUGGGAAUGAUCAAUUGGGGUUUGGAAUUCAGUCCUAUGUGAAUAACAACGGAGACAACACUGGUGGAAUUGAUAUGGGAAUUGGGCAGAUUCCAUUUAAUAACGCAGUUAAUAAUAACAUUGGAGGAAGCAGUGGGUUUGGAAGUGAUCUUGGAUUGCCUUCUGGCUUAUUUUGUGGUGGUACCAAUGCUGGUAGUGAUGCAGGUCUGCCUUUUGAUAUUAUCAAGAAUUGGCCAGCUUCUUUCUCUCCUUGAAGGAGAUCAGUGACUGUUGAAGAUUUACAACUCUAUUUUGCUCAUGUAAUAGGC